GAUUCUGUUGCGUGUGAUGGAAUCUUGGAGCUAUGUUUCUGAAGAAAAGGGUUAUGUUUCCAACGAGACACUCUCGCCUCCCAAUAGUAUUGGGAGAACCAAAAAUUCAUUCUUGGGUUGGGAACUGAAAACCCCAUGUAGUUUUUCCAAUGACAUGUUAGCCUUGGGGCAGCAAAACAUUGAGAACCAAGGUCUUGAGGAAUUGGGUUUUCCUGAAAUGUUGGGGAAACAAUUGUCUGAUGAUCUUCUUGGCAGUGUUCCAAGCAGAAAACUUGAUAGUAGAAUCACAAGCACUGUUGUGGCUGCCCCAAAUGCAAUUUCUUCGAGAGGGGACUCCAAUUCCAAGCUUUCAAACUCUGUGGUGGACUCUAACGGAAGGGAUUCCCUCAUUGAUUUGAAGCUAGGAAGAUUUGCUGAUCAUGGAGAUGCUAAUGAUCCAGCAUUUUCCAAAGGAACACCCAUUUUGUCGUCUUCUGAGUCAUCAACGCCCCCCAAGAGAGUGCGAGCUUCAGGUUUGCACUCACAGACUGCUUACUGCCAAGUCUAUGGCUGUAACAAGGACCUUAGCUCCUGUAAAGAUUACCACAAGAGGCACAAAGUUUGUGAGGUUCACUCCAAGACUGCCACGGUUAUAGUGAAUGGCAUUGAGCAGAGGUUUUGUCAGCAAUGUAGUAGGUUUCAUUUGCUGGCUGAGUUUGAUGAUGGUAAGCGCAGCUGUCGGAAACGCCUUGCAGGCCAUAACGAGCGUCGAAGAAAACCACAAUUGAAUACUCACUCUGGAAAGUCCGGGAGGUUGCUUCAGCCAUGUGGUGAUAGCAGAUUCCAGGGAACCGUGCUAACAUCAACAUCUUUUAUCUGCCCAGAGAUGCUCCCUAGUGCAGUCAUGCGUUCAGAGAAAUAUGGAAUGAGUGGCUUCUGGAGACCUAUAAAAGCAGAACAAGCAACUGGUUUUAGGCAUCUUUCUUCUAUGCCUACCACCAAUGUACAUCCUCAGUCAAGGUCUUUAUUUCCUUCAUAUAACGAAAAACAAUUUCCCUUUCUUCAUGAAAAUGGUGCUACAUCCACUACAGGAAGCAUCUUCUGUGAAAACAAUAGCCAAUAUCCUCCUGCCCUUGGGGCCCAAAAUUCUGGGUCACGAUCACUAUUCCAGGAUACCUCCUUAGUAAGUGAGGACUUCAAUGUUUUUGAUACAGCAUCAACUGUUCAUGGAUUAUCGGGAAUUUCGGACUCUUGUGCUCUCUCUCUUCUGUCAUCUCAGUCCCAGAACUCUUCGAGCCAAUCAUCAGGAAUUCCCUUGGCUCACCACCCCUUGGUUAUUCCAAACAACCAUAACCAUCACUACAGCAUGAGUCAGGUAUCUGAAAAGAUAGGAAUAAGGUCACAGACUUCUUCAAGCCGAGUGUCAGAUAGGUUUCCAUCAGAAUUCAAUCCUGCAGAUGGAAGUCAUCUCAGUCCUGUAUUGAUAUCAGACAAUAAUGGUAUUGUCAACUUUGAAAUGGCAGGUGGCGUUUUCCAAGGUUCAGAUUUUGUGAAUGUGGAAGAUUCCUGUGAAGAUGGCGCAACCAUUGACUUGUUACAAUUGUCAUCACAGCUUCAGCGAGUUGAGCAUCAGAGGCAAUCCUUGCAGGUGAAGCAAGAAAAUGAUUCUUCCUGCACUCUCCGGAUUACUUAAGUUGCUUUGGAAGAGGAAACAAGUUGUGCACAUUGUGAACGACACACACCUAUGCCAGUCAUCUUAGACAGUGUAGCCCACAGUGAAGUUGAAACUUGAGAUGGUGCCAUUUUCAUUUGCUGCUAACUAUUUAAAUAGUUUGCUUGUGCUGAUUCUGAUCAAGAUGCUGUCAGUAGAAUAUCUGACCGACAAAACCGUUAGGCUAUUCUGAUCAAUGAUAUGGGUUGGACACAAUUGUCCCUCUCAGUCUUAAUAUAUCCAUCUAGAUGGAAUGAACAAAAGCCUGAGAUGUCUUUUCAGGGCAUAAAUGCUCUAAUCAGGACCAUUGUUUACUAGCAAUCUAGAACUGAUGUCCGAU